AUGAAAGAAUUGUACCAACUUCCUCUUGGGGACCGCAUGAGAGUUUCAAGUAACGAUGUCGGUCAACCUAUUGGGACAGAAGCACGUGUUCUAUCAUGUUACCUAGGCAUUAUUGCACGCAAUGCAAGUCUUCUACCGAUCAAUUAUGAGUCAUGGCGUGAGAUGCCGAAUAGUAACAAAAUCCAAGUUGUGGAUUGCAUUAAGGUAAUAAUUUCAUUGAAAGAAAUGGAGAGAUCACAAGAGUUUCUUAAAAAGAACUAUUUUAAGAACAACCUCAAUCUUGAGGAAAAGCUGCAAAAUAUCCCAUCUGGAAUGCUCAGAUAUCAAUGGGAAGAUACAGUCAGGUUUUGGAGUUCAAAGAAAGGAAAGGAAAUCACGUCCGGCAAUAGAGUUGGACGAAUAAAGCUCUUCGAAAUGACACAUACAAAAAAAAAGAUAGCUCUCCUAUGGCUUCUGAAGCUGCAGAAAUUAUGGAAAAAAUUGAGCGACAAAAGGGUAGAGUAUGAAGCUACGGCUUCAUCCAAUGCUUCUAUUAAUUCGGACGAGAUUGAAAACCAAGUUAUUGCUGAAGUUUUCGGUCCUAAAAGAUAUGGUCGAUUGAAGCUGAAGAGAGAGAAGCAGAGAGAACAGCGAGAGAAGUAG